UCUAGUACGUAAGCCCGUUUGUGAUUAUGAUAAAAGUCGGAUGAAAGUUUUAAUUGUGGACUAGCUUAAGGGCCAGUUGACAUCAUGGUCUCUCCUCGAUCCCUUGUUGGCUUUUUCGCCUUGGCCGUCCUUUUGGCCUCGGUCCAGAGCUUCGAGAAGAUCCCUCUGAAACGUGUACAUGAAGGCAAACGGACACGUGCCGAUCUUGACAACUCCUUCCGCGUGGCCAAAAAUCGUUGGGGUGGGGACAAAUUUGUCAUUGCCAACAUCACCAACUACCUUGACGCCCAAUAUUUUGGCGACGUUGAAUUGGGAACUCCUGGACAGGUUUUCCAGGUGAUCUUUGACACUGGAUCCAGCAAUUUGUGGGUGCCAUCGGCCACUUGCAACAUCUUGGAGCUCGGUUGUAUCUCUCACGAUCAAUACGACAGCUCCGAAUCGUCCACCUAUGUGGCUGAUGGAACUGAGAUCAUUUUCAAUUACGGAUCUGGAUCCGUCUCUGGCUUCCUUUCGGUUGAUACGUGUUGCGUUGCUGGACUCUGCGUUGAGGACCAAGUUUUUGCCGAAGUGAACCACGAGCCUGGAAUCACCUUCAUUGCUGCUCGCUUUGACGGUAUCUGUGGUAUGGGCCUGCCUGGUUUGGCCGUCAACGGUGUUCCCCCUGUGUUCACCAACAUGAUUGAACAAGAUCUGGUCGAGGCUCCCGUGUUCUCCUUCUGGUUGAACCGCGACCCUGAAGAUCCCAAUGGUGGGGCCAUGGUCCUCGGAGGAUCUGAUCCGUCUUUGUACACCGGUGAAUUCAGUUACAUUGACGUUGAAGGUGCUGAUUACUGGAAAAUCCCAAUGGACGGUUUCUCUGUGGAUGAUUCGGACAUUGUUGCUUGUGAGGAAGGUUGCCUGUCCGUGAUUGACUCUGGCACCAGUUUGUUGUUGGGACCUAUGGAUGUGUGUCAAGCCAUCAAUGAGCGCAUCGGUGGAAUCGAAAUCUUACCCGGAACUGGUCAAUACGAGAUCAUUUGCUCGACUAUUCCCGAUUUACCCGAUGUCACCUUCACCUUCGGCGGCAAAGCCUACACCCUGACUGCUGAUGAAUACGUGCUCCAGGUUACCCAAUUUGGCAUUACUCAAUGCAUCUCUGGAUUCAUGGGCUUUGAUUUGCCCAUGGGACCUUGGUGGAUUUUGGGAGAUAUCUUCAUGGGCAAGUUCUACACGGAGUUUGACGUGGAGAACAUGAGAAUUGGAUUCGCUGAUUCCGUGAUCUCACCGGCCUGAAAUCAAAGGCGAUGGAUGCGUCAUAAAAGCGCCAUAUCAGUUGCAUAAGGUUUUGUGAGAGCUCAUUGCGAUUGUCACAAUGGAAUAAAGUGACAUGGUGAUAGUAAUGUA